CACGCAUGGGUUGGCAGGAAGUACCGAGGCUUAAAGUACCUCGCCUAGGUAAAUUAUGCGCUCGAGUACCUUCACUAGACGUACCCAACACUCCGACAUGACUUGAUGGGUGUGCCCCAAUUUUGAUAACGUUGGUUUUCCGCUUUGAGCGAGGCUGCUCUGUUCGCGCAUGUAGCAUGUACCUAGCGAAGUCUGUACGAGAUUGGCAGUGCGCAAUAUCAGCACUUUCUGCGCUAGAUACGAAAGGUAGAUUGUACAUGCGUUGAGGGAUAUUGCUGUGCAGCAAACAAACCUGGUUGACCUCAAGGUCUGGAUCUCGAACACGGUGGGGUUGGAGUAUGUGGAGAAAAGACGUUGCUGUGUGGGUUAUCGAGUGAACGUGGCGUGACUGCGACGUGAGAUGCUCCUUGGCCGUUUCUUGCGAGACUGCAGACGAGUUUCAAGCGGACAUGGCAAUCUGUUGAGGUUGUUCAAGUCAAUUGAUUGAUGGAAUGUCGGAAGAAAGAAAGACUGAUCUGCAGCAUGCCAUCGACCGCUCUUUGGCCUUGGAUCGGGUGUCGUUGUGCUCCACCAAACGCUCUCCUCUCCGUCUUCUGCCUGCAACCACAUAAUUCCUUUGCCUAUGCUACGUCCCCUCCUCCAGGAACCAAUGUACGCCCGAGCCUUCGAUCGUACAUCCAUCUUCCGAUCUCCACUUAUCAUCAUCACCGUGCCUCCCAAACAACACCCUUUAUGGCGAUAUCAUGUACCAACCAAACCAUCCUGUUCUGUUUUGCCAGUAUAUCCAGCAUUGCAUUCAUAUCGCACAUCGAUCUAGCCUAUUGACCACCACAAUCCCGCCCAUGCAGCAGAAAUGAGGCUGCCAGCUCUACAUGGACCUAGAGCAAGUACUUUCAACAGCUUGGGAACGAAGCACACAUCGUAUGUUCUUCAGAUGUAUCGGCCCUUCAUCGUAUAACACGAUAAGCAUGUACAGCAUGCUCAUGCUGGAGAAUAGAAGCUACGGCCUGGGUGAAAGGACCCCGGAACCUGCUAUAUGCGCAAGAGCUGUCGAGAUAAUUACUCGAUUGGGAGUUGAAGGAAGGCGGGUCAACCUUCCGGACGCUGCUGUCACGAGUAGAACGAUGGAUGAUUUUCCGGUUGUCGUUUGCUUUCACUCGACCAAAGAGAUUCCCUUGAGAAGCGACCGCUCUUGCCUCACAACAGUGUGCUGA